AUUUUUAAGCAAACGUUAGGAACAACAGCGAGUAGUGAACCUUAUCUACAGUCUACAACAAAAAGUAGGGAACCUUCUGUACAAUCUACAAAAGAAAGCAGGGAACCCUAUCCGUAGUCUACAACGGAAAGUAGGGAACUCUAUAACUACAGUCUACAACAGAAAGUAGUGUACAACAUAAAGUAGGGAACCUUAUCUACAGUGUACAACAGAAAGUACAUAGGGAACUCUUACAACAGUCUACAACAGAAAGUAAAUAGAGAACAUUAACUACAGUUUACUAGAAAAGGAAAUAGGGGACCUUAACUACAGUUUACAACAGAAAGUAGGGAACCCUAACUACAGUUUACAACCUCAUUUUUGGGGAUCUGUAAUUGUGCACUUCUUGUGUUAAAUGUAUGUAUCGGCGUAUUUAAUUAACGACGUAGUAUAAGAACAAUAUAGGUUUGAAGAUGGCGUUUGGAUCAAUGCUCCUGAUAGUAAAUGUGGCCAUCUUUGCCGUCUACAUUCAACAAACGUUCUUUAGUGGAGAUAAACUUGAAUCUCACUUGGCGAAGGAAAUCGACACAUCAUACGACUAUAUUAUAGUGGGGUCUGGGUCUGCAGGAUCUGUAUUAGCCAAUCGUCUGUCUAAAGAUUCUUGUCUGAAAGUCCUGGUACUGGAAGCAGGAACCGACGACCAACAACCGUCCUCUACAGUUUUAAAAGUUCCUAUGAUGAGUGCAUUGGCCCAGAAGACAGAAUACGAUUGGCAAUAUUAUUCAGUACCUCAAAAGCAUUGCUGUAAGGGUUUGCGCGGACAGAGAAUGUUUAUGCCCAGAGGUAAAGUUUUAGGUGGAUCCAGUCAAAUAAACUAUAACGUUUAUGUCCGAGGUCAUAGAAAGGAUUACGAUGGCUGGUCUGAAGCUGGGUGCUAUGGGUGGAGUUAUUCUGAAGUCUUGCCAUAUUUUAUUAGAUCAGAAAAUAUUCAACCAUUCAAACAUAUGGAAACAGAGUAUCAUGGUACAAAUGGUUCACUUGGGGUGUCGGAAUCUCAAGUGACAGAUUUUCCAACUUUUAUGAUAGAGGCUGGUGAAGAAAUGGGGUAUAGAACUGGUGAUUAUAAUGGUAGGGAACAAAAAGGAUUUUUUGCUACACAAGCUACUAUACAAGAUGGUGAAAGGUGUAGUAUGGCUAAAGCCUUCUUAUGGCCAGCUGUCACAAGUUGCAAAAAUCUUCACGUUCUGACAAACGCCCACGUUAAAAAGGUAGUUAUAAAGAAUAAGAAAGCAGUUGGUGUAGAAUUUUAUCACAAAGGAACACUGAAGUCUGUUUCUGUAAAUAAAGAGAUUAUUCUAUCAGCUGGUGCUUUGUCUUCUCCUCAGAUUUUAAUGCUGUCAGGGAUUGGACCUAAAGAACACCUGAAGAGCAACGGGAUUCCAGUCAUAGCUGAUUUACCAGUGGGUGAUAAUUUACAAGAUCAUAUUACUUUUUCAUUCUACUAUAAAACAAAAGAACUUGUGUUUAAUUCUUUUAACAAAACACAAUCGUUGUGGACAUUAGCCCAGUAUUUAACAACAAAAACAGGUGUGUUAGCGACACCUGUAGGUAUAGAAUCACUAGCUUUUAUAUCCACGGACCCCAAAACACCCGAAUAUCCUGAUUUAGAAAUACAUGCCGCACAUUUGAUGACUAAUGAAGAAAUGCUGUACAACAUUGUUGGAAUAGACCAUAAGUAUGCAGAUCAUUUCUCUGGUAUAGACGAUAUCAACGGCUUUACAUUGGUUUAUACUUUAUUAAGACCAAAGAGUCAUGGUACACUUCGUCUAAAUAGUACCGAUGCCAUGCAACAUCCGAUCAUUGAUCCAAGAUAUUUAGAAAACAAGGAAGAUGUGGAGAGCUUGCUACGAGGUAUUCGUUUUUCACAGAAACUGGCUAACACCAAGACAUUCAAAUCGCAGGGAUCUGAACUUUUUCAUAAACCAUUUUCACCAUGUUUAGAAAAAUCUAAAUUUGAUAGCGAUGAAUAUUGGCGUUGUUAUAUUGGGUAUUUUACCCUGGCUGUCUAUCAUCCUACUGGAACUUGUAAAAUGGGACGUACAGAAGAUCCAACAACAGUAGUGGAUCCGCAGCUAAGAGUGAAAGGCAUCCAUGGACUGCGAGUAGCCGAUGCAUCUAUUAUGCCAUCCAUAGUAUCUGGCAACACUAACGCACCGUGUAUAAUGAUAGGUGAAAAAGCCGCGGAUAUGAUUCUAGGUAUAAAACCACCAACACCUCUAUCAGAUAUGUAGCUGUAUAUACCAUAACUAUCAGAUUGUUGAACUAAUCUGUCAGUAUUAAACCGUUAUAAUUAAACGUUAAUACUUAUCAAUGUGUAAAACAAAGGUUGUAAACCUUUAUAACUAUCAAAGUGUUAAACCAAAGUGUUGCUAAACCGUUAUAACUAUCAGAAUGUUAUACCAAAGUGUUAAAGCAAAGAGUUAAACCGUUAUAACUAUCAGAGUAACAAAUUGUUAUAACUAUCAGUGCAAACUAUAUAAACGGUUAUAGCUAUUAUAGCAAACCAUUUGAAAGGUUAUAGCUAUCGGGGCAAACUGUUUAAUCGUUUAAAAAGUUAUAACUAUCAGUGUGUCAAACGGUUAUAAGUAUCAGAGUAUUAAUCCGCUAACCAGCUAAACCGUUAUGACUCUCAGGGUGUUAAACUGGUAUAACUACCAGAGAAACAAAAGGUUAUAACUAUCAGAGUAAACUAUAUAAACGGUUAUAGCUAUUAUUUAAAGGGUUAUAACUAUCGAGGCAAACUGCUUAAUCGUUAUAACAUCUAAACCGUAAUGACUCUCAAAGUGUUAAACUGGUAGAACUACAAGAGUAACAAAAUGUUAUAACUAUCAGAGCAAACUAUAUAAACGGUUAUAAACUAUAUAAACGGUUAUUAGAUAAUUAUAACAAACUAAGUAAAUCGAUAUAACUGUACAUUAUUAACUCAGUGUUAUCACCGUAGGAAAGCUGGAGCUAUUUCUAAACCUGGCAAACUUAUAGAUCCCAUAUUCUAAGUUAUAUUAGCAAUGAAAAUAAGGGUAUUUUUUUAGACAUUUUGACUUAUUUGAGUAGUCAUGAAAAGGAUUAAUUUCUACAUCAAAAUGGUGCAAAUCUGGAGAUUUUCUGUGAAAAUUCCUGAUUUUUUGACAAAAUUUUGUAAAAUUACAAUACUGUUCACUUUAUCUGUGGUUUGAGAGGCUGACUAAGAUAAAAUUGGGCAAUAAUAUAUUUUUCUUACUGAUAGAAAUUAAAUAAAAAAAUGAAAAUUGAGAAAUUUGCAGUAAAAUCGCAAUUUUUUUCCAAACUGUGAUUUGUUUUUAAAUUUAACUUUAUUUUUAGUUUUU